AUGGGCCCGCGGAGCCGCGAGCGUCGAGCGGGGGCCGUGCAGAACACCAACGACAGCAGCGCCCUCAGCAAGAGCUCCUUGGCCGCGCGCGGGUACGUGCACGACGCUUUUGCCGCGUUGCUGGUCCCGGGGGCCGCGCGGCGCGCGCCGCUCAUCCACCGCGGCUACUACGUCCGCGCACGCGCCAUGCGGCACUGCGUGCGCGCCUUCCUGGAGCAGACGAGCGCGCGCCCCGAUGCGCCGCCCGCCCAGGUGCUGUCGCUAGGCGCCGGCUCCGACUCGCUGUAUUUUCGUCUCAAAGCUGCGGGUCGCUUGACCCGGGCUGCGGUUUGGGAGGUGGAUUUCCCGGACGUGGCGCGGCGCAAAGCAGAGAGGAUUCGGGAUACGCCGGAACUGUGCGCGUUAACUGGGCCGUUCCGGGAGGCGGACGCCGCGUCGGCGCUGCUCUUCGAGGGUCUGGACUACCGCAUCCUCGGCCUGGACCUGCGGCAGCUCCGGCGGUUGGACGAGGCCCUGGCCGCCGCGGGCCUCGAGGCGGCCGCACCGACUCUCCUCCUAGCAGAGGCCGUGCUGACCUACCUGGAGCCCGAGAGCGCCGCAGCCCUCGUCGCCUGGGCAGCCCGGCGUUUUCCCGAUGCCCUUUUCGUCGUCUACGAGCAGAUGAAGCCGCGGGACGCCUUCGGCCAGUUCAUGCAGCGACAUUUCCGGCAGCUGAAUUCCCCCUUGCAUGGCCUGGACAGCUUUCCCGACGCGGAGGCUCAGCGGCGCCGCUUCCUCCAAGCCGGCUGGACGGCUUGCAGUGCCAUGGACAUGAAUGAGUUCUAUCGCCGCUUUCUCCCUGCCCAAGAGCGCCGGCGGAUAGAAACUCUUGAACCCUUUGAUGAAUUUGAGGAGUGGCAUCUGAAGUGUGCUCACUAUUUCAUUCUGGCAGCUUCUAAGGGAGACGCCAUGUCCCAAACCCUGCUGUUUCCACCUACAGAGGCGUUUCCUUGGGUACACCCUGCUUCCCCUUCAGGGGCCUUCCCUGCCACUGUAGUUAUGAGUGACAGCCAGGGACCUGACCUUAAGAGAUAUGGCCAUGCGUCUGCCCUCUUGAGCCCCGGCAUUAUUCUCAGUGCUGGAGGCUUUGGAGAGCAGGAGGGGCAGCACUGCCGGGUGAGCAAGUUUCACCUGCUCUUAAGAUAUUGUGACUUUGGUUGGAAAAGCAGCCAAAUACUCAGUUGGGAGGCUGGAGCUAAGUGGGAUGGACGUCUUUAUCACACCAUGACAAGACUUUCAGACACUGAGGUUCUGGUCCUGGGAGGGAGACUGUCCCCGGUGACUCCAGCCUUGGGAAUUCUCCAACUGUGUUUUUGUAAGAGAGAGGAUAAUGGCGCUGAGGACCUGAAGGUGACAGUAACAAAGGCUGGCCCAGAAGAAGAUUCCACUUUGUCACGCUGGCGCCAUUCAGCAACAGAAGUGUCCUAUCAGAAUCAGAAGUAUUUGUUUGUGCAUGGAGGUCGAAGUGUAAUAGAACCUGUACUAAGUGACUGGCAUUUCCUACAUGUAGGGACAAUGACUUGGGUCAGGGUCCCAGUGGAAGGGGAUGCACCCGAAGCUCGGCAUUCCCACAGUGCCUGCAGUUGGCAAGGGGGAGCUCUUCUUGCUGGAGGCCUGGGGCCUUCUGAGGAGCCACUGAGCUCUGUAGUCUUCCUGAAACCAGUCUCUUGUGGAUUCCUUUGGGAAUCAAUAGACAUCAAGCCUCCUGUUAUCCCAAGGUACUCCCACACAGCUCAUGUGCUCAAUGGGAAGCUUCUGCUGGUUGGAGGGGUCUGGAUUCAUUCUUCCUCAGUUCCUGGAGUUACUGUUAUUGAUUUGACUACAAGACUGAGCUCUGAGUAUCAGAUUGACACAACACGUGUGCCAUGGCCGUUAAUGCUACACAACCAUACCAGCAUCCUCCUUCAUGAAGAGCAACAGCUCCUGAUCCUUGGAGGUGGUGGGAACUGCUUUUCCUUUGGCACCUACUUCAACCCCUGUACAUUGACAUUAGACCUUUCUUCCUUAAGUACUGAGCAGUAAGCACUGGACUCUUGAUAUAUUCAGAACCCACUAAAGUAGACAGUAAAGGUUUCCACGAAUAGCAUUUUAUCCUGCCUGUAGAUAUUGCCUCUUUUUUUCCCUUAGCAUUACCAUCCAAUGCAUGAAGUGAUAGUGUUUGUUGUUAAAACACAUACCGACAAUCAGAUGGUGGGAAAAAAAAAGUCUGAUCAGAAGACAGUGGCCAUACAGUCCUAGAGUAGGAAUUGGUCAUACUAUCCUAGAGCGGUAGGCUUUGGAUUCAUUGAUCCUCCUCCCAUUUUCCAAUUAAAGUUUAUUGAGUUUAAAUGGCCUUUAGCCUAAAUGAAAUAAAUUUUUUUUUUCCCUGGGCUUUGUGAUUUGAGAUAACACCUUGGGACAAGUUUGACAUAGAUCCUUGAAAAAUGUAAUAUGGUUGAAAGAUGAACAUCUGAAUAUAGUUGAAGGGGCAUGGUGUUGGCCUAACUCUUCAUGUGUGAAAACUGGAACAAGUGCAGCUGCAGUUUAAUUACAGCGUGUGCUGUUUAGUGCAGCAGAGAACUCCAGGCUAGCUUUAACAGGAAAUAUUUGUAGGGCUUUAUUGAGAAACAUGCUUUUGGUCCAUUCCUUGGCACUGAUUCCACAUUUACUUAGAUUUAUAAAUGCCAAAAAGCCAAACAUUUAAUGCUUCAACUCAUUUGUGCAUGGUAUAAUAUUUGCGCCAGAUCUUUCUCCACUAUUCUGUGCUCCAGAAGGCUGACCUUUAGGGACUACACGAAUGAGCUCUCUUAGGUUCUGGUUGUGUUCCACCAGAUGGAGACACGGGAGAAGGGAAGACAGGAGGAGUAAGUCAGGGUAUUAUUAGUGGCUACAAUCUGUCAGAGGCCAUGGGUCCUUGUCAAGUAGCCUUCUCUUACAAGCUGUAGCUGUAGCACUAACUGUCCAUCUCUCUGAGCUCUGGUAAUUCUUUUCUCUCCUUACCUCUUCAGGCCAGGGGUAGUAAUGGCUGGCUGUUAAACUUGGACUGCACUAAUACCAUAGCCAUUAGCCACAUACAGCCAUUUAAAUUAAGAUGAAACGAAAUUAAAAAUUAAGUGGCUUAGUCACACUAAGCACAUUUGAAGUGCUCACAUGUGGCUAGUGCGUUAAAAUACAGAUGUGUAGAGCAUGUUUGUCAUUGCAGGAAAAUCUAUUGGAUAUUGCUGAAGUAUUUCAUCAUCUGUACUUGGUUUUGCCUUAACCCUACCCGCCCCUUUUAAUUGGUGUCUUCAUUAAGCUGUCUUCAAUUAUCCCCUUUAAAUGGACCAACUAUUUCCUGGUGGUAGGCCUUGUGGGAUCAGUGAAAUAUCUUAAGUGUUCAUCCUUACAAAUUUUGAGCUUUAAUUUGUGAUCUCAAUUGUAUAUGCCUUGUGAAAGUCACAUGUUUCAAAAGGUAGUGGCUUUGGUACUCAGUGAGCUACCUUCGUAUUUCUUGCUCGUCUGCAAUCUUUGAAACCUUAAAGAAUGGUAUCUUCAGAUUUUACAAGGACCUUAAUGAUUGUUAACCAUCAGUGUUAACAUCUCAAUGGACUUACUAUGGCACAAAGUCAGUUUUCUCUAUUAUUAACAACUGUUUACACAUAAAUGAAGGCAGAAUGCUUCAGCGCUCAGCUGCUAACUGAAAGGUCAGCAGUUCGAACCUACUGACCUGGCGAUCUGCUCUCACAAAAAUUUACAGCCUACGAAACCCUAUGGGAUAGUUCUACUCUGUCCUGUAGGGUGUCUGUGAGUAGGAAUUGACUCAGUGGCACACAACAACGCCACAUAUAAAUGAAUGUGAAAGGUGAUUAAUUCAAAAACUGAAUAGCAAACACAAACCUAAGUGUAAGGAGUGGGCAGCGUUGCUAUCUUAGGUGAAGGCGUCCAGGAGAAGAUGAGCUGAAUAAAGGGUUGUAGUCUGGCUUCAGCUUCCCUGAGACUUCACAAAGCCCCUUCUGGAGAAAUCCUUGGUCACGGCCAUGUGUGAGUCCUGUUAAGCAAAAGGCUUAACGGACCUGGGCAUCUGACGAGAUGGUGGGUGGGUCAGGUACUAGAAAACUGGCAGGGAUAUGAUUAGAGGGAGUAGGCUGCUGUGUGUUUUCUAAGUUCACCAGAGCCUACCUCUAGCUUUCAGGAGCCAAUCGAAGCAGGACACUAGGAUGAAAUGAAUGUUCUUGGCUAUGUAGUAGUUAGUACCAGAAUUUGAAUGUAGAUCUGACUCCAAACUUUAGGGAACUCCUUCCUUCAUGCUACCUCUUAGAUUGUGCCAUCAACCCUUAGUAUUCCACUGUUUUGGAGGGGAAUAAAAGUGGUGCAGCAGAGGGGGGGAGAUUGUCAAGAGAAUGUGGAUACGCAGGGUGGUUACUAUCUUAAGCUCUGCCCAGUAUGGCGCAUUGUGAGUAAUUGGGCCUGUUCUUCCCAGAGAAAUGACCCAGAUUUUCUAUAAGUGAUUACCAGAUUAAGCAUAUCCUGCACCUCUAACCCAAUAUGUGUAUCAUGCUCGGUUAAGGCAUUAUUCAUCUCUCAAGCUCUGCUCAUUAGGACACUCGAGAGCCCUGUCAGCAACAUCACCCUGUGCUUCAGCAGCAGUGCUCUGUGAACUGGUGCUGGAUCACGGUUUCAUUACCAGUAAUCUGCAGCAAUUAGAGCUGUGGGCCAGGUCGAGAACUGAAGAUUGACAAUUAUUUUUGCUUCUCCGUUUCACCUCUGAUCCAUUUUUGUUCUAAAGUUCUGGCAUGGAGUUCUGGGUAGUUAUGAGAGUUAAUCAGUAGGAUUUUAUGCCUGAAUGCCCAUUUUUCAUCUUUCUGCAGCUUUAAUGCUCCUUAGGAUAUCAGGGAGUUGGCAUGUACUGUAUGUGUCCCAGUGACCAGGCGUUUCUUUGGUCUUCUCUUUCAGUGAUCUCAGACGUGAAAGUCUUGGUUCGUUCCAUGUGCAUUUUGUGAUCCCAAACCCAACCUUAAGCAACACAUACCUACUCUGGGACCUGUUCCACAUGACAUCUUCUGGAAAACACUCCCAUAUGGCAGACCCCAAUGUAACCAGCCAGUCUGGAAGUGCUGAAAUAAAGGAAGUAGCCAGGGUUAAGCUUUGUGUCUCACUCUGUAAGAGAGCAGCCUUUGGAGAGACUGUUUGGCGAGUAAGAGAAGAGUGGGUUACUGAGGUGGGUUCUUAAGCAUAGAGACCAUCCAGUAAUGUCUGGCUUGACUAAACUGCAGAGAGCCUUUAGACUGCAGUACAGAGGGGUCAUGAAGGAGCGUUAAGCUGGCAAGUGAGGCCAUGAAUUGUGCCUGAACACAAUUGGACUUGAUGUUUAAAGAGAGAAGGAGAAUUUGUAGAGCAGAAAUUAUGAAAGUUACCACGAGCUCUAGAGUAGGCUGAGAUUUUCUUGGAUGUCAAUUAUUAUGUAGCAAACAAAAGGGUUCUUUUUUUUCUUUUCGUCCUUUUCAUCGUUGUUGAUUUUGCAUUUGCUGAGUCUUUAUGUUUUUCUUGUUUUUUAUUUUGAUGUGUAGGAUUAUUAGUUUUCUUUGUGAUUACCUUUAUAUUUAAUAUCCUCUGUUUUUCUAAGUUUAAACCAACCUUUUGUUUUUUGGUAUCGCCUUGACUUCUUCUUCAUAUGAGAUAUCUAUGACUCCAUUACUUAGUCCUUCCUUUUUGUUUUAAUGUUGUCAUCUUUUACAUAUUGACAUCUCUGUUUCCCAAUUUUCAGUGUUUUAGCUUUGAUUUAUUUGUGACUUCCCUAUCUGGGUUGAUGUCUGCUUGUUCUAUCCUGUGUUCUACUCUUGGGUUGUUAUCCGAUGUUACGGAUUUUCUAACCAAAGGACUUCCUUCAGUAUUUCUUGUAAUUUUUGUUUGAUUUUUACAAAUUUCCUAAACUUCUGUUUAUCUGGAAAUGCCCUAAUUGCACCAUCGUAUUUGAGAGACAGUUUUGCUGGAUAUGUGGUUCUUGGCUGGCACUUUUUUUCCUUCAAGCUUUAUAUGUGUCAUCUCAUUGGCUUCUUGCCCACAUGCGAAGGAGUUCUGUAACUCCAAAGUUUAGUUGUAAGACUACUUAUUUAUCUGUCUUGGACAAUGACAUAAAGGCACUUGGUUGGAAAGGGGCAG